AUGGCCUUGGCAGCUUGUUGCAUAAUUUGUUGCAGAAGGAUAGGAACCUCUACAACUCCUCUUAAAAGUUACCUGUACUGGAAAGAUAUCCGAAAUAUUAUAAAGUUCACUGGACCACUUGUUCUAGGAGGUUCUUUAUUUAUUACAUAUGAAGUUCUGGCCUUGAAGAAGUCUGUGACACUAGAUACCCAAGUAAUCGAAAAGGAAAAAUUGAAAUCAUAUAUAUAUUUAGAUGCUGUUUCUUUAGAUAAAAGACAAAGUCAAGGUAUCAUAUACCAGGCAAGGAAAGAGCUUCACAAAGCGUUAAGAAAAGUAUUGGCAACAUCAGCCAAAAUAUUCCGGAACCCUUUUGAUGACCACUUCAGUACAGUUGACUUAGAAGAUCAUGAAUAUGGCUUAUGGCUAUUGCUGAAGAAGAGCAGAUCGGAUCACAAAAUGGUUCGAUUGCAGGCAGUGAAAGAGAUGGCAGCAAACCACUACUGGCAUGAUUACCAGUAUAGGACAGUUGCUCAAGCCUGUGAUGUGAGGACUAUUAUUGGCUUGGCCCGAAGCAAGGAAACAGAUCUUCGCUUUUUCCUCCCACCACCUAAUUUGCCACCAGUAAAAGACGGUGGCUUAUGGUGUUUUGGAGGAAAUGGACUUCCUUAUGCUGAAAGUUUUGGCGAAGUUCCUUCAGCUGCAGUAGAGAUAUUUUGUUUGCAGGCUUUAGUGAAACAUUCUGAGAUCGCCACACACUGUGAUAAAAUUGAAGCGAAUGGAGGCCUGCAACUACUCCAGAGGAUAUACCAACUUAACAACGACUGCCCUAAAAUACAGAGAAAGAUAGUUCGUAUUAUUGGAAAUAUGGCAUUACACGAGCAUCUUCAUUCAGCUAUAGUCCGUUCAGGCUGGAUUUCCAUACUGGCUGAAGCAGUGAAAUCCCCCCAAGUCAUUCAGGCUUCACAUGCUGCCAGAACCCUGGCUAACCUGGACAGGGAAACUGUGCAAGAGAAGUAUGAGGAUGGAGUGUUUGUGUUAUAUCCACAGUAUCGCACUAGUCAGCCCAUUAAAGCAGAUGUCCUUUUUAUUCAUGGCCUUAUGGGAGCAGCCUUCAAAACUUGGCGUCAACAAGACAGUGAUAAGUUUGAAAUUGAAAAAGCCUCAGAUGAAGAAUGUUAUACACAGUGUUGGCCCCAGACAUGGUUAGCAAGUGAUUGUCCUGCUCUUCGAAUUAUUUCUGUGGAGUAUGACACCAGCCUUAGUGAUUGGAGAGCAAAAUGUCCUGUGGAAAGGAAAUCUAUUGCUUACAGAAGUGAUGAACUUCUUCGUAAACUCAGAGCUGCUGGUGUUGGUGAUAGGCCAUUGAUCUGGGUAUCACAUAGCAUGGGAGGUCUUCUUGUCAAAAAGAUGUUGGUGGAUGCUUCCAAGAAACCAGAACUUAAUACUCUAAUAAACAAUACCCGAGGAAUAAUUUUUUAUAGUGUGCCUCACCAUGGAUCCCAUUUGGCUGAAUAUUCUGUUAACAUCAAGUAUCUGCUAUUUCCUUCAGUUGAGGUCAAAGAACUCAGCAAGGAUUCUCCUGCACUUAAAGAAUUGCAAGAAGAGUUCCUGAAAUUUGCUAAGGACAAGAAUUUCCAGGUGUUGAACUUUGUAGAAACAUUACCAACCUGCAUAGGUAGCAUGAUUAAUUUACAUAUUGUACCAGUGGAAUCAGCAGAUUUGGGCAUUGGAGAUCUGAUUCCAGUAGCAGUUAAUCAUCUGAAUAUUUGCAAGCCAAAGAAGAAGGACACAUUCUUAUAUCAACGUACCUUACAGUUCAUUUCUGAAAUGUUAGCCAAAGACCUUGAAAAUUAAUAGGUCUAACAAGGUCCUCUUGUUCUUUUCUGUUAUGUGGACAUGAGGCUGGACAUGUUUUGGAGAUUUGUGGUCCCGCCUUGAAGUCAGCAGGAUGCUACUCUCAUAUCUAUGAAAGGUAAAGCACAAGCAGAGGUG